AUGUUUUCGCACCAUGUACGGACCACUAUUAUAACCGCGCUUAUUUGCCUGACGCCAACAGUUCAAAGCUGGGAUCGUGCGUACAUUAAAGACUACCUGCUGCCAUUUACGCAGUUCUUAGAACCACAAGAUAUCAGUUGGUUCAUCAGCGAACAAAUAACAGCCACGAAUUAUGAGGGCAUACAGGAAUUUAUGCUAGAAAUCAACGCCCACCUUGGACUCGCACAAAUGGUGCUAACGCAACGCACAGACAAAUAUUUGAUUGACACGGAAAUGAAGAAAUCAAUUUUAGUUGUAGUUUUCACCACGAGUCCCACAGAUCCCAUCAUGCGUGUGCACGACCGCGCGCUGUUCAGCCGUCAUUACACAUUCAACUUAGUUAUUAUGGUAAAUGAGAUUUCGGACUUUGCUGUUGUAGCGCAUUUCUUGUGCGAUUUGAAGCGGCGCCACUUUCAAAAGGCAAUACUCUACUAUAGGAGCACAAAUGGCACCAAUGAAGUAUUCGGUUACACUUUAUUUCCAGAGUUUGGCAUUAAAAAUCGUUCGAAUUAUUUAAGUGAAUUGUCGGCAGAGUUUGAAGAUUCCAAGUUUGGUGGCAUGAACACUUUGGGUUACAAAUUGCGUACACCAUUACGUCAAGAUUUGCCUGGUGUAUUUCACACACCAGGUGGAAUCGGGCUCUCCAGCUGGCAUGGUAGCACUUUUAGUCUGCUCAAAGUAUUUACGGACUUCAUCAAUGCCACUUUGAUCAAUUACGAAAUGCCCAAAGAUAGUGCGGGUGGUGAUCUCAUUGACAUGAAGGCCGCACUGAACCUGAUAAGACGCGAUGAAAUCACUUUACUGGCGCAUGCUUCUGGCUUAUUCUAUGAGGAUGAUUAUAUCAGCUUGAGCUAUCCCAUAACGGUGGUGCGUUGGUGUCUCAUGGUACCGAUUUGGAAUAGUGUUUCAACAAUGUUUUAUCCGUUGGAGCCAUUCGACGAUUUGACUUGGUGUGGUAUUGUUUGUGUUUUUGGCGCAUUGCUGGUCGUACAGUGUUUGUGGUGCUGCUUGCAGGGUACCCAGCAACUAUCGGCACGUUUGAGUGAUAGCAUUUUGCGCAGCUUCUGCUUGAGUACGGGCAUAACGGCGCCCACCACGACGCUCGGUGCACCGUCGGUGUUGGAUUUUUUGAUAUUCACUACCUUCUUUUUCUAUGGCUUCUUUCUUACAGCCAACUAUACGUCACUGCUGGGCAGCAUCUUAACAGUGAAUUUAUUUCGCGCACAAUUCAACACAAUGGAUGAUCUCAUAAAGGCGAAUAUUUCUGUGAUGAUUAUCGAUUAUGAGUUGGAAUUUUUACUUUCCGGUGAUGAAAUACCGCAAAACUUCUCACGUUUAAUCAAGCCGGUGGAUAUUGCAACUUUCAUAGAGCAUCAAUACAAUUUCAAUACGAGCUAUGCCUACUUUGUGACCGAGGAAAAGUGGCACUUUCUCGAUUUGCAGCAGCAGUACCAUAAACCGCGUUUCUUCAAAUUCAGCAACAUUUGCUUCGGUUCCUUUUUUCUUGCAUUUCCUAUGCACCGAGAAUCUUUCCUCCAUCGCAGUAUGGAGUACUAUAUUUUUCGCAUGCAUUCUUCGGGUAUGUUGGACCACUACGAGCGCAACACUUUCGAUUAUGCAGCGCGUGCGGGACUCGUGAAACGUUUGGCGAAUAACACGAACCAUACUUCGGCUGGCAUGCAGCAUUUGGUUGUUGUAUUUUUAAUGCUGAUAGCAAUGUUUGUUGUAAGCUGUAUAGUUCUCUUGGUGGAGUGCUUGAGCUUUAGGAAAGUAAGAGACAGGGCUUUGGCCGCCUAA